UCAGACGCUAGCUGUAGCUGGCAGUCAGUCGUACGUGCUCCCGUGUCUUCAGUGCCCGCCGCUGCCGUCGAGUUCGCGUCGAUUCUCCCGGGCUCUUCUGAGGUGCCCACUUCGCCGCACGCGCCGCCGCCGUCAUCCGCCACCAUGGUGAAGCUCGCAAAGGCCGGCAAAACCCACGGUGAGUCCAAGAAAAUGGCUCCUCCCCCAAAGGAAGUGGAAGAAGAUAGUGAGGAUGAAGAAAUGUCAGAAGAUGAAGAAGAUGACAGCAGUGGAGAAGAGGAGGUUGUCAUCCCUCAGAAAAAAGGCAAGAAAGAUACAACUCCAGCAAAGAAGGUAGUUGUUUCACAAACAAAAAAGGUUGCAGUUCCCACACCAGCUAAGAAAGCUGCUGUUACCCCAGGUAAAAAGGCAGCAGCCACACCAGCCAAGAAGGCAGUUACACCAGUCAAAGCAGUUGCGACACCUGGUAAGAAGGGAACCGCACAAGGAAAAGCAUUGGUAGCAGCCUCUGGUAAAAAGGGAGCUGUCACACCAGCCAAGGGCGCUAAGAAUGGUAAGAAUGCCAAGAAGGAAGAAAGUGAUGAAGAUGAAGAUGACGACGAUGAUGAAGACGACAGUGAUGAGGAUGAAGAUGAUGAGGAAGAGGAUGAAUUUGAGCCACCAGUAGUGAAAGGAGUGAAGCCAACAAAGGUAGCUGCUGCUGCUCCUGCCUCAGAGGAUGAAGAUGAGGAAGAUGAUGAAGAUGAUGAUAAUGAUGAUGAUGAAGAUGACUCUGAGGAAGAAGCUAUGGAGAUCACACCUGCUAAAGGAAAGAAAGCUCCUGCAAAAGUUGUUCCUGUGAAAACCAAGGCUGUGGCUGAAGAAGAGGAUGAUGAGGAUGAUGAAGAUGAUGAGGAUGAUGACGAUGAUGAAGAGGAGGAUGAAGAUGAAGAAGAUGAGGAUGAAGAUGAAGAAGAGGAGGAAGAGCCUGUUAAAGUAGCACCUGGAAAAAGGAAGAAGGAAAUGACCAAGCAGAAGGAAGUCCCCGAAGCCAAGAAACAGAAAGUGGUGGAAGUCGAAUCAACAACACCUUACAAUCUCUUCAUUGGAAACCUUAAUCCAAACAAGUCUGUUGCAGAAUUAAAAAAUGCCAUCAGUGAACUUUUUGCUAAAAAUGAUCUUGCUGUUGUGGAUGUCAGAACUGGUACAAAUAGGAAAUUUGGCUAUGUGGACUUUGAGUCUGCUGAAGACCAAGAAAAGGCCUUGGAACUCACUGGUUUAAAAGUGUUUGGCAAUGAAAUUAAACUAGAAAAACCAAAAGGAAGAGAUAGUAAGAAAGUUCGAGCUGCAAGAACACUUAUAGCAAAAAAUCUUUCAUUCAACAUCACUGAGGAUGAUUUAAAAGAAGCAUUUGAAGAUGCUGUGGAGAUCAGAAUGGUUACCCAGGAUGGGAGGUGUAAAGGGAUUGCUUACAUUGAAUUUAAGUCUGAGGCUGAUGCAGAGAAAAACCUUGAAGAGAAGCAGGGGACAGAAAUUGAUGGGCGGUCUGUUUCACUCUCCUACACUGGGGAGAAAGGACAACAAAGGCAAGAAAGACCUGGAAAGAAUAGCACUUGGAGUGGUGAAUCAAAAACUUUGGUUUUAAGUAACCUUUCAUACAGUGCAACAGAAGAAACUCUUCAGGAGGUAUUUGAGAAAGCAACUUUUAUCAAAGUGCCCCAGAACCAACAAGGCAAAUCUAAAGGGUAUGCAUUUAUAGAAUUUGCUUCAUUUGAAGAUGCUAAAGAAGCUUUAAGCUCUUGUAAUAAAAUGGAAAUCGAGGGCAGAACAAUCAGGCUGGAGUUACAAGGACCCAGGGGAUCAGCUAAUGCAAGAAGUCAGCCAUCCAAAACUCUGUUUGUCAAAGGUCUUUCUGAAGAUACCACUGAGGAGACCUUAAAAGAAUCAUUUGAGGGCUCUGUUCGUGCGAGAAUCGUCACAGAUCGGGAAACAGGUUCCUCUAAAGGGUUUGGUUUUGUAGACUUCAAUAGUGAGGAAGAUGCCAAAGCUGCCAAGGAAGCUAUGGAAGAUGGAGAAAUUGAUGGAAACAAAGUUACUUUGGACUGGGCCAAACCUAAGGGUGAAGGUGGCUUUGGUGGCAGAGGAGGAGGCAGAGGAGGUUUCGGAGGCCGAGGCGGUGGCAGAGGAGGAAGAGGCGGAUUUGGCGGCAGAGGCCGAGGAGGCUUUGGAGGUCGAGGAGGCUUCCGAGGUGGCAGAGGAGGAGGAGGAGGAGACUUCAAGCCACAAGGAAAGAAGACGAAGUUUGAAUAAUUCCUUCCAUCCCAGUCUUUCCCAAUUCAUUUUAAAGAAAGGACUCUGGGGUUUUACACUGUUACCUGUUAAAAAUGACAGAGCCUUUUAAGGACAUUUCCAGAGGUUUUUUUCCUACAGUCUUUUUUUUUUUCUUUUUUUGCGUUGGGGGUUGUAAAAGAAUGUUUAUCAUG